CGAACGCGGAAGUGGCACGACAACACUCCAGGCCCGUGUUGCGUUCACAGUCACCGUAGCGUUCUAGAAAGUCACGCUGUGGUGGAGAGCUACCGCGAACUUUACCGUUUCGCCCGACGGUGUUUCCCGUGGCUGUUUGGCAAGAUGCUAAACGCUCCUGCGGCGGAGAGGAACAAGGAGCCGAUCCUGUCGGUGUUGCGCGGGUGCGUGGACGGUCGGAGAGCCCUGCGGGCGCUGGAGAUCUCCUCCGGGACCGGACAACACGUCGUGCACUUCGCCCGGGCUCUGCCCAACAUCACCUGGCAGCCGUCCGAGUUUGACCUGCAGUCUCUGUCCAGGCUUUUUGAAAGGAUCCCGAGAUUAUUACAACCUGUGCCCCUUUACCUGGACACACAGUCCUUUCCAAAGCGGCCACAAAGCCGAACAUUCUGUAUAGAAGCGUACAGAUCCCACCACCAGCUGGAGAACGUGAAGCCCCCGAUUCACCUGGAUGCCUCUCAGUCUCACGAACACUGGGGAGGAAUCCACCCCGAGACCCUGGAUCUGGUCGUCAACAUUAACAUGAUCCACAUCUCAGCGAUGUCCUGCACCGAGGGUUUAUUCAAAGGAGCUGGAGCUCUGCUGAAGCCGCAGGGGCUGCUAUUGACUUACGGGCCCUACGCCGUGAAUGGUCAGAUCACCCCACAGAGUAAUGUGGAUUUUGACUACAGCCUUCGACAAAGGAACUCGGAGUGGGGUCUCCGAGACGUGUCCCUGCUCAGCUCAAUAGCCCAGAGAAAUGGUUUAUUCCUGGAGAGAUGUGUGGACAUGCCAGCGAACAACAAAUGCCUUCUCUUCAGGAAGGAGAGCUUGGUGUGAUUCCAGCCAUUCCUCACCUGGAGACUGAUCACUAUCACUGAAGAAGAGAGGCCUUGGGAUUCCUUCAUUCGCUGCCAAAUGUUUUAAAAUGUUGAAAAUCUUCAUCAAAGUUUCAUGAGUUAAUGUUGUCUAAACCUUCCUUUUUGUUCACGUGACAAUAUUUCUGCGCUUCUGUCUUGAAACGUUUUGAACGACUAAUUCGAUGAAACCAAGAGCGCCAUCUGUUGGCCUCCUGAAAAUGAGGACACUGUUUCUGAAUCUGAGCCGAUACUGGCUACUUGAAUGGCUUUUAUUGGUGAGUAUGGCCAAACAUUUUUGCAAAACUAAAAUCUAAUAGUCAAGAAAGCUUAAGAGUACAACUCUGUGGAAUGCAAGCGUCACAACAGCAGCCC